AUGAACUACAAACCUACACAAGAGCAUUUAGAAAGUAUGUUAGAUAGUACGUAUACAAAUUUACAAGACAAUCAAAAAAAACAGAAAAAAUUAUAUGAUUUCAUAGAAUUUCAUGAUGAUAUAAAAGGUGUACUAAUAAAUAAAAGAACUACACAGGAACAUAAUUAUUACUGCAAUUAUUCAAAAGGUAUUUUUGACUUAUACAAAGAAAUAGAACGCUAUAGAAAACCCGAAGUUUUUAGAUUAGACAUAAGAAGAUUUAAAAAGAUAUUUUUGUUUACAACAGAUAGAUUAAAUUUUAUUGAGAAAACAUGUCCUGGUAAAUGUUUAUAUUUAGUGUUCAGCCAAAAUUAUAAAGAUUCUUGUUCAUUAGAAAAAAAGUGUGUAGCAAAUGUUGAAAGAACAAAAACAUUAGAUGAAACUAUAAAUGCAUUUAAAUGGAUGUUUCGCACAAAUGUGCAUACAGAUAAAGUUGCUGCUAAAAAAUCAGUUCUUGAUGAAAUGAAUGAUAAUAUCGGCUUUAGGUCCAAAUCGGAAUUAGACAAAUUCUAUAAAUAUUUAGAUUCGAGUGUGUAUUCAUGUUACACUACUGAAAUAAACAAUCUUAAUUUAGAAGGUCCUAAGGUGUGUCAACUUUCUUGUAUGCUUAAAAACGUGUUAACACUCUGGGAAUACAUGCAUCCCACAUUAGAAAUACAUGACAUAAAAAAACAGGAGUUAUGCUUAUUUGAUAUAUUGAUUUUAUGGUAA